AUGGAAUUGCCCUUUGGGUCCCUGGAAACUACCAACUUCCGUCGAUUCACUCCAGAGUCCCUGGUGGAGAUUGAAAAGAGAAUUGCUGCCCAGAAGGCAGCCAAGAAAGCCAAAGGUAAGCAGAGGCAGAAGAAGCAGAAGGAUGAAGAGGAGAAGACUCGGCCCCAGCUGGACUUGAAAGCCUGCAACCAGCUACCUAAGUUCUAUGGCGAGCUCCCCGCAGAGCUGGUUGGAGAGCCCCUAGAAGAUCUGGACCCCUACUACAGUACACACCGGACAUUUAUGGUGCUGAACAAAACAAGGACCAUUUCCCGGUUUAGUGCCACUCGGGCCCUGGGCCUAUUCAGUCCUUUCAACUGGAUCAGAAGAACAGCCAUUAAAGUGUCUGUCCACUCGUGGUUCAGUACAUUUAUUACGGUCACUAUUGUGGUCAACUGUGUGUGCAUGACCCAAAACGACAUUCCAGAAAAAAUCGAGUAUAUCUUCACUGUCAUUUACACCUUUGAAGCCUUGAUAAAGAUACUGGCAAGAGGAUUUUUUCUAAAUGAGUUCACUUACUUGCGAGAUCCUUGGAACUGGCUGGAUUUUGGUGUCAUUACACUGGCAUACAUCGGCACAACAGCAUCUCUCCCAGGGUUCUCCGGCCUGCGGACAUUCAGGGUUCUUAGAGCUUUGAAAACAGUUUCUGUGAUCCCAGGGCUGAAGGUCAUCGUUGGGGCCCUGAUCCACUCAGUGAAGAAGCUGGCUGAUGUGACCAUCCUCACUGUCUUCUGUCUGAGUGUCUUUGCCCUGGUGGGCCUGCAGCUCUUCAAGGGUAACCUCAAGAACAAAUGUGUCAAGAAUUGCACAGCUCUCAACGAGACAGCCAAUUACUCUUCUUAUAAAACACAUGAGUGGAAUUUCUGCCAUAAGGAUGAAGACUUCUACAUUGAUAAACCAGGCACUUCUGACCGCCUACUCUGUGGCAAUGGAUCUGAUGCAGGCCACUGCCCUGAAGGUUAUUUCUGCAUGAAGACAUCUGACAACCCUGAUUUUAACUACACCAGCUUUGAUUCCUUCGCUUGGGCUUUCCUCUCACUGUUCCGCCUCAUGACACAGGAUUCCUGGGAACGCCUCUACCAGCAGACCCUGAGGGCUUCUGGGAAAAUCUAUAUGAUCUUUUUUGUGCUUGUCAUCUUCCUGGGAUCUUUUUACCUCGUCAACUUGAUUUUGGCUGUGGUCACCAUGGCCUAUGAGGAGCAAAACCAAGCAACCAUUGAUGAAAUUGAAGCCAAGGAGAGGAAGUUUCAGGAGGCUCUCGAGUUGCUCCGGAAGGAGGAGGAGGUGCUGGCAACAAUGGGGAUUGACACAGCCUCUCUCCACUCCCACAUUGGAUCACCUUUAGCCUCCAAAAGUAUCCAUGAUAAAAGGCACAGAAUGAGGCCAAGGGUAUCAGAGGGCUCUGCAGAUGACAACAAAUCACUCCAAUCUGAGCCUUACAACCAACGCAGGAUGUCUUUCCUAGGUCUCACCUCUGGGCGACGCCGGGCCAGCCAUGGCAGUGUGUUUCAUUUCCGGGCCCCUGCCCAGGAGGGUUCAUUCCCUGAUGGAGUUACCGAUGAUGCGGUCUUUCUCGGAGACCGUGAUAGCCGUCGAGACUCCCUGCUGCUGGGUGGGAGUACCCGCCAGCCAGGCCCUCCCUCUAGGAGCCCAGUGCCUCAACCUGCCCACCCUGGACCAAGGCAUGGAGAAGAUGGGCACCUCACACCGCCCACUGGUGAGCAUGGGCCUGGAGUCACGGAAGUCUUGGCAUUGGAAGCAGGACAAAAGAAGACUUUCUUAUCAGCAGAAUACUUGAAUGAACCUUUCCGAGCCCAAAGGGCAAUGAGUGUGGUCAGUAUCAUGACUUCCGUCCUGGAGGAGCUCGAGGAAUCGGAACAGAAGUGCCCGCCCUGCUUGAUCAGCUUGGCUCAGAAGUAUCUGAUCUGGGAGUGCUGCCCCAAGUGGGUGAAGCUCAAGACGCUUCUGUUUAAGAUUGUGACGGACCCCUUUGCGGAGCUCACCAUCACCUUGUGCAUUGUGGUGAACACCGUCUUCAUGGCCAUGGAGCACCACGGCAUGAGCCACACCUUCGAAACCAUGUUCCAGAUAGGCAACAUUGUCUUUACCACGUUUUUUACCGCUGAGAUGGUCUUCAAAAUCAUUGCCUUUGACCCCUACAAUUACUUCCAGAAGAAGUGGAACAUUUUCGACUGCAUCAUCGUCACUGUGAGCCUGAUGGAGCUAGGCACAGCCAAGAAGGGCAGCAUGGCGGUGCUGCGGUCCUUCCGCCUGCUGCGGGUCCUCAAGCUGGCCAAGUCCUGGCCAACCUUAAACACCCUCAUCAAGAUCAUCGGAAACUCAGUGGGGGCGCUGGGGAACCUCACCAUCAUCCUGGCCAUCAUCAUCUUUAUCUUCGCUCUGGUUGGCAUGCAGCUCCUCGAGGAAGGCUACCGCAAAAAUAGGGAGCGCAUCAUUCAGCCAGGUGACGAGAUGCCUCGCUGGCACAUGGAGGACUUCUUCCACUCUUUCCUCAUCAUCUUCCGGAUUCUCUGUGGGGAGUGGAUUGAGAACAUGUGGGCCUGCAUGGAAGUUGGCCAGAAAUCCAUAUGCCUUGUCCUCUUCUUGACAGUGAUGGUGCUGGGGAACCUGGUGAUGCUCAACCUGUUCAUCGCCCUGCUGCUGAACUCCUUCAGCGCCGACAACCUCACAGCCCCAGAGGAGGAUGGGGAGAUGAACAACCUGCAGGUGGCCCUGGCGCGGAUCCAGGCAUUUGGCCAUCGCACUAUGAAGGCCCUUCGAGGCUUCUUCUGCAGACCCUGCCUGCUGCCCCGGACCAAGCCAGAGCCCCAGAUGGUGGUGAAGAUCCCAUUGUCCAGCUCCAAAGCCGAGAACCACAUUGCUGCUGAUGUGGCCACAGAGAGCCCUGGAGGGCUUUCGGGUUCCAGAGACCCCAGGGACAGCCACAGUGACUUCAUCACUAAUCCUAACAUAUGGGUCUCUGUGCCCAUUGCUGAGGGUGAAUCUGACCUUGAUGACUUGGAGGAGGAGGAAGAGGAGGAGGAGGAGGAGGAUGCUCAGAGCUCCCGGCAGGAAGUGCUCCCCCAGGAGCAGGAGCAGCCACAGCACCUCGGGAGGUCAGAGGACCACCUGGCAUCCAGGUGCCCAGGCUCAGGAUCAUCCUCGGAGGACCUGGCUCCAUACCUGGGUGAGCAGCGGAGAGACGAGGCAGCUGCUCAGGCCCCUGCAGAGGGAGCGGGUGACAGAAGUCCCUCAGAAGGCAGCACCGUGGACUUCCUGGACCCUGAGGAGAUCCUGAAGAAGAUCCCUGAGCUGGCAGAUGACCUUGAGGAGCCAGAUGACUGCUUCACCGAAGGCUGCAUUCGCCGCUGUCCCUGGUGCAAAGUGAAUACCGCCAAGUUCCCAUGGGACGUGGGCUGGCAGGUGCGCAAGACCUGCUACCGCAUCGUGGAGCACAGCUGGUUUGAGAGCUUCAUCAUCUUCAUGAUCCUGCUCAGCAGCGGGUCUCUGAUCUUCGAAGACUAUUACCUUGACCAGAAGCCCACGGUGAAGGCUUUGCUGGAAUAUACCGACAGGGUGUUCACCUUUAUCUUUGUGUUCGAGAUGCUGCUCAAGUGGGUGGCCUAUGGCUUCAAAAACUAUUUCACCAAUGCCUGGUGCUGGCUCGACUUCCUCAUUGUGAAUAUCUCUCUGACAAGCCUCAUAGCCAAGAUCCUGAAGUAUUCUGAUAUAGCACCCAUCAAAGCCCUUCGGACCCUCCGCGCCCUGCGGCCGCUGCGGGCUCUAUCUCGAUUUGAAGGCAUGCGGGUGGUGGUGGAUGCCCUGGUGGGCGCCAUCCCGUCCAUCAUGAACGUGCUGCUCGUCUGCCUCAUCUUCUGGCUCAUCUUCAGCAUCAUGGGCAUGAACUUCUUUUCAGGGACAUUUUGGAGGUGCAUCAACACCACCAAUGCAGGCUUUUCUCUUGCGUCUUCUACUGUUGUGAAUAACGAAUCUGACUGUACACUUCAAAACUACACUGGCAAGUUGUAUUGGGUCAACACGAAGGUCAACUUUGAUAAUGUUGCAAUGGGUUACCUCGCACUUCUACAGGUGGCAACCUUUAAAGGCUGGAUGGACAUCAUGUAUGCUGCCGUUGAUGCCCGAGGGGUGACCUUGCAGCCCAAGUGGGAGAGCAGCAAGUACAUGUACUUGUACUUCGUCGUCUUCAUCAUUUUUGGCGGCUUCUUCACACUCAAUCUCUUCGUUGGGGUCAUAAUUGACAACUUUAAUCAACAGAAAAAAAAGUUAGGGGGCCAGGACAUCUUCAUGACAGAGGAACAGAAGAAAUACUACAACGCCAUGAAGAAGCUGGGCUCCAAGAAGCCGCAGAAGCCUAUCCCUCGGCCCCUGAACAAGUACCAGGGCUUCGUCUUUGACAUCGUGACCAAACAAACUUUUGACAUCAUCAUCAUGGUCCUCAUCUGCCUCAACAUGAUCACCAUGAUGGUGGAGACGGAUGAUCAGAGUGCAGAAAAGACAAAAGUCCUUAACAGAAUCAACCAGUUCUUUGUGGCCGUCUUCACGGGCGAGUGUGUCAUGAAGAUGUUCGCCUUGAGGCAGUACUUCUUCACCAAUGGCUGGAAUGUGUUUGACUUCAUUGUUGUCAUCCUCUCCAUUGGGAGCCUGGUGUUUUCUGCAAUUCUUACGUCCCUUGAAAGUUACUUCUCCCCAACGCUCUUCCGAGUCAUCCGCCUGGCCCGAAUCGGCCGCAUACUCAGGCUGAUCCGAGCGGCCAAGGGGAUCCGCACGCUGCUCUUUGCCCUCAUGAUGUCCCUGCCUGCCCUCUUCAACAUCGGGCUGCUGCUCUUCCUCGUCAUGUUCAUCUACUCCAUCUUCGGCAUGGCCACCUUCCCCAAUGUCAAGUGGGAAGCUGGCAUCGACGAUAUGUUCAAUUUCCAGACCUUCGCCAACAGCAUGCUGUGCCUCUUCCAGAUCACCACGUCGGCCGGCUGGGACGGUCUCCUCAGCCCCAUCCUCAACACGGGGCCCCCCUACUGUGACCCCAAUCUGCCCAACAGCAAUGGCUCCCGGGGGAACUGUGGAAACCCAGCCGUGGGCAUCAUCUUCUUCACCACCUACAUCAUCAUCUCCUUCCUCAUCGUGGUCAACAUGUACAUAGCAGUGAUUCUGGAGAACUUCAAUGUGGCCACGGAGGAGAGCACGGAGCCCCUGAGCGAGGAUGACUUUGACAUGUUCUAUGAGACUUGGGAGAAGUUUGACCCCGAGGCCACCCAGUUUAUAACCUUUUCUGCCCUCUCAGACUUUGCAGACACACUCUCUGGCCCCUUGCGAAUCCCAAAACCCAAUCAGAAUAUAUUAAUCCGGAUGGACCUGCCACUGGUCCCUGGAGAUAAGAUCCACUGUUUGGACAUCCUUUUUGCCUUCACCAAGAAUGUUCUGGGAGAAUCUGGGGAGUUGGAUUCUCUGAAGGCAAACAUGGAGGAGAAGUUUAUGGCAACUAAUCUUUCAAAAGCAUCUUAUGAACCAAUAGCCACCACCCUCCGGUGGAAGCAAGAAGACAUUUCAGCCACUGUCAUUCAAAAGGCCUAUCGUAGCUAUGUGCUGCAUCGCUCCUGGACAAUUUCCAAACCCCCAGGCGUGCCCAGGGCUGAGGAGGAGGCUGUGUCACUCACAGAUGAUGCAUUCAUGGAAAAUGAGAAGUGUGUGUUUCCAGACAAAUCUGAAACUGCAUCUGCCACAUCUUUCCCACCAUCCUAUGACAGUGUCACUAGAGGCCUCAGUGAUCAAGUCAACAUGAGCACAUCUAGCUCAAUACAAAAUGAAGGUGAAGCUACCAGUAAGGAAGCCACUACCGCUGCACCCAAGUGA